ACGAAAAACUUGGAAAUUUGAUUGUUUUUUGUUUUGUUUCAUUUUUUGUUGAUUGAAUACGCAUAGCUUUUGUUUCACAUCAAACAACAGUCAACGUGUAAGUGUUUUUUUUUAAAGAGCAUUGUGUUAAAAUGGAUGGAAAUUACGUGUUGCUGAUGCGCGUCCUAAAGGUGCACUACAAGAACCGACUGAACAUUCUCGAUGAAGCGCUGAAGGUGAUCAAGGAGUAUUCAAGCAAACCGCUCUCAGACCAGAACGAAUACGAUGAUACUUCUCAAAUUUUGCAAAACAUGUUGAACGAUUUACCCUGCGACAUUUUAAAGUACUUUCUGUCGAUGGUGCCUCUACCGAAAAACAAGGAAAACCUGGAAACAAAUAAAACGGAUAUUCCAAACAUAAACGAAAUCUUAAAGAGAUAUUUGAAUGAAGACGAACAACCAGAAAGUAGCAGUUCAGUGUUAGAUAUUAAAAAAAGGAAGACGCCAAAGGAUUUUGAAAGUAUGAAACCUUUGAGAGUAGUGAAAAAGGUGGAAAAUGAGGUGAAGAGCGUGCUUCCGGUGGUGAAGAAGCCAAUAAUCCGUUCUCGAAGGAAAACUGGAAACGAUAAUCCAAUUGAAUGCAAGAAAUUGUUGGAUAUAUGUGUGGAAUAUUUAAUCAAGAACAAAACAAGGCUGAACCAGGACUACUUGACAAUGAAGAGUAAAGUUUGGAAUAUGGUGAACAGCAAUUCUUAUGAUGGUGUCGUGCAGGAGCAGCUCUACACUGUUAUCAGGGAUCUAAACAGGAAGAUCAAAUGGAUGCGUCUAUUGGAUUCGGAUGAAGUUUCCGAAGAGCUGCUGACCGAAGAGUACGGGUCGAGCGAGGUUUUCGUAAAAGAGAAGCAUAUGGAUGGAGCGUUAAGCGAAGGCGCGUAUUCCAUGAGCGAUAAUCUCCGUACAGCCAUCCUCGGCUACAUCUACGGGUGAUGUGAAGUAAUCCCAUAAAUU